AUGCUACAAAUUCAGGACAACCUGGAGAUCUCAGGUAACUCGACAUCUAAAGCUCCAACGUUCUUGCUGACUGGCAUCCCUGGCCUAGAGUCCAUCCAUACCUGCAUCUCCAUUCCCUUCUGCUGUCUCUACACCGCUGCCCUCUCUGGGAACGGCAUGAUCCUGCUUGUCGUCAUUACCCAGCGGCGUCUCCACGAGCCCAUGUACUAUUUCCUCUCCAUGCUCUCCGCUGCUGACCUGGGCUUGACCGUUUCGACAAUGUCAACAACGUUAGGUAUCUUCUGGUUCGACGCAACUGAAAUAAGCCUGGACGCCUGCAUCCUCCAGAUGUUUUUUCUUCAUGGGUUUACCGCCGCAGAAUCGGGGGUGCUGGUGGCUAUGGCCUUUGACCGCUGCGUGGCCAUCUGUGACCCUCUGAGGUACACCGCCAUUCUCACCAAUGACAGAAUCAUCCAGGUGGGCUUUCUAAUGGCUCUACGCUCUGCGGUAGUAGUAGUACCACUGCUUUUGCUCCUUAAGCCUCUCCGUUUUUGUGGAGGAAAUGUCCUCUCCCACUCCUACUGCUAUCACCCAGAUGUGAUUAAAUUAGCAUGUUCAGAUACUCGGGCCAACAGCGUCUGUGGAUUAGCGGCUCUCCUCCUGACCUCAGGAGUAGAUACGCCAUGCAUUGUCCUGUCGUAUAUCUUGAUCCUUCGCUCUGUCCUCCGCAUCGCCUCUCCUCAAGAACGACACAAGGCCUUUAGCACGUGUGUCUCCCACAUCGGAGCAGUUGCGGUUUUCUACAUCCCCAUGGCGAGCUUGUCCUUGGCGCAUCGCUUUGGCCAAGCCACACCUAAAGUGGUCCAUUCUCUGAUGGCCGACGUAUACCUGCUUUUGCCCCCUGUGCUCAACCCCAUCAUCUAUAGUGUAAAAACACAACAGAUUCGAAAGGCUGUACUCAGUCUUCUCCUUACACAAUAG